UGGCCCGAUUUCUACAUAUGAUAACAAAGUAUUGUAAUCUAAAAAUAGAAUUUAUAAAUUUUUAAACGUUUAACAUGUUGGAUUCUAAUGUAUACGGCAUGAAAUAUGUCAUAUUAAUUCUAUGUACGGGACUUUUUAUAUAUCCGUCAGCGGCGAACGGCCCUCGUUGUUUCGACUGUUUACGGAUGCCGUAUCUUCAUGAGUGCGAUCACAUAAAACAGUGUGGACCACAUCAGGUUUGUUAUUCGAAGCAGAUUGUUUCCGACAGUGGAUUUGUGUACUAUGACACCGGCUGCAUUGACCAAUUGAUUUGCAACGCGAGAGAUUCACUAACCGAUCAUGCAGACGACGGUCAAGCAGACGACGUUCAAGCAGAUGAGAAAGGGGACAUAAUCACGUGUCUGGAGUGUUGUGAUGGUGAAUUUUGCAAUGAUCGAGGCUGUGGAACCAAAGGCCUAUCAACAAACCAGACUGGACCUUCAUGCUUCGCCUGUCCAAAAGGGAGCGUCUCUCCGUGGCACUGUGAUAAAGUUACAACUUGUGGCAGGGACGAGAAAUGUUUUAUUCAACAAGUCAGUGGCAUUGGAGGUAAUGUUCUGUAUAAAUCUGGAUGUACAAGUUCGUGUGCAUUUGAUUUAAUUGGUGUGGGUACAAUUGUUGGAAAAAGAUCACUGGCGACUGGAUGUUCGGGUUGUUGUGGGACAGAUUUCUGUAACAGCAACUGCUCAUUGCUGGAAAACAAUGUUCUAUCACCAACCAAACACGCUGUCACGGUGGAAUCCACGCAGACGAUUACAAUCACUUCCGGGCAACAUUCUACUUCAACUAUGCCAACCACCACGGCGACGCCCGUAUGUCGACAUAGCCACUACAUCUACGCGGCAAUGCAAGGCACGUGCUACCACGUGUACGACAACAAACAGUUAUCGAUGUCGGCUGCCAGGCAGGAAUGUCAGAAAGAAGGAGCCGAUCUGUUACAACUAAAAGAUUCAAAUGCUGAACACUUCUUUCAACAUUUAACUUUUAAUGAUAAAGAAAAUAACAACCGACGAUACUGGUUGGGUGCACAUAAGCACACUGACGGUAACUUUUACUGGCUCGACGGACGUCAGUAGAUUCGAGUUACGAAUGGGCUCCCGGGGAACCCAACAACUACCUAAACAAGGAAGAAUGUUUGGAUUUGACCUGGUUUGCUGCCAACCCUGGCUUUAAUAUACCGGAAGCGUUUGCACUCAAUGACGAUAACUGUGACAUGAACUAUUUUUAUAUUUGUGAAGAUAGACCGAAUCAUAUGCCAAACACGUGGGUGACGCACGCAAUGACAUCACAGUGGACGCCCGCAAUGACAUCACAAUGGACGCCCGCAAUAACACAGUGUCGAAAUAGCCACUAUAUUUAUACUGCUGUACAAAGCACGUGCUACCACGUUUACGACAACAAACAACUUUCGAUGUCGGCUGCCAGGCUAGAAUGUCAGAAGGAAGGAGCCGAUCUUUUACAGCUCAAAGACGCGAAUGCCGAACACUUCUUCCAACAUUUAUCUUACAAUGAUAAAGAAAACAACAAUCGGAGAUACUGGCUUGGUGCCCAGAAACACAAUGACGGUAAUUAUUUCUGGUUCGAUGGACGCAAAGUAGACUCAAGUUAUGUCUGGGCUCCAGGUGAGCCAAAUAACUACCUGAACAGGGAAGAAUGCCUGGAUAUGACCUGGUUUCCUGCAGUAACUGACCUUCAUAUACCGGAAGCGUUUGCUUUUAAUGACGACAACUGCGAUACGAGCUAUUUCUAUAUUUGUGAAGGUAUUAUUUAUAUUGGCAUGUAUAUUAUCUGAGAGUCCGUUGAACUGCAUAGAAAUGACUUUUUAAACAUAUGUAUUGCAAAUAAAUUUAAGUAGGAGAAUAAUUAAUGAUUAAAAUUGAUAUAAAAUACUUUAGAAAUAUGACAUAAAAUCAGUAAUAACAAACGCUUAGUAGCCUUCAAAAAGUGUGAAAAAUUAUACAUGUUGUUUGAUGUAUUUCAUUUAAACAAUAAAACAACUUUCUGAUUUUUUUUCUCAAAAACUUUCAUCACCGAGACUAUGUUGAGAAUUGUCCGCCGUACAUUUUGUCAGGCAGAGUGUAACAUGGGUUCGCAUCCAUUGAACUCCGCAACUUUAUCCAUCCGGUCAAGUAGUAAGCCUUUAGUUUUUAUCUAGUUUAUAGUUGAUAAAAUUGAUUUGAUCUUUUCCCAACAGACGUUUGCUUGGUUUAAACAGUAGUUCAAACAUAUACAAUUAUGUACAACAGCAUGAUAUAAAACAGGAUUGAAAAGGAAGUCAAUGACCUAGGAACGUUUUCAUGGUCAAUAUAAAAUUUAUCUUCCGGCUUCCUUAUACCCUUAAGAUAUGUCAAAUUAUAUUUCAAAGAAUGAUUUGAUUUCUCUAUCUUUAUUUGCAGAAACAAGAGGACACUGAAUAACGAUUUAUAAGUGUCGUUGCAAAUGAAAUGUUUGUAUAAAUGGGAAAAAUAAAACACAGACUUUCUUUGUGUCUGUUAUAUUAACAAAUCUAAUAUUUAUAUUGAUUUUGUUUAAAUGCUUCUCUACUUUUUUAAAACUCACUAGCAGAUGGUGUCUACAUAAAUAUACAUGUAUAUAUUCAUUUUCUUGUGUUCUAAACGCUACAUUAUCUAACGAAAAAUCAAACGCUCGUAAAAAAUGGCAAAUUUCGCCAUUUUCCGUUUGUAAUAAAAACAAA